CUCGCCCCGGGCAGCCGACCAGCCCCUCGCUGGCCCCUGCGUCCGUCUGUCGGUCCCGGGGCGAGUCCGACAGUCCACUAGGCGCUCGCGGCCGCGCGGCCAAGCCGGCCUGGGCUGCGAUCAACGCCGCUUUGUCUGGGACGCCCACACCCAAGAGGCGGCUCCUGGUCGGCAAAUCCGAGCGCGGCGCGGGGCGCGCGGGGCUGAGAUAAGCGGCCAUGUGAUCCUACCUGGGCGGGCGGGGGAGGGCGCAGGUGAGGUGGUGGUGGUGGUGGUGGCGGCUGGGCGCGCAGCGCGACGCACGCGGCGGUCGCAGGGCUCCGGCAGCAUGUCUGUCAGCAGGAAGGACUGGUCCGCGCUGUCCAGCCUAGCUCGGCAGCGGACUCUGGAGGAUGAAGAGGAGCAGGAGCGGGAGCGCAGGAGGCGGCACCGCAGCCUGAGCUCUACUACGGACGACGAGUCUCCCAGGCCCACACAGAAUGGAGACCGGACUGCGGCUGAGAGACUGCCGAGUGUGGAGGAAGGAGAGGUGCCCAAGCCACUUUCUCCAGCCUUUAAAGAUGAGGAUGAGGACGUGCAGGCCAUCCUCAGGACACGGCAGGAGAGGAGGCAGAGGCGGCAGGUGCUGGAGGCUGCACAGGCCCCCAUCCGGGAGAGGCUGGAGGCUGAGGAGGCAAAGGACAGUUCAGGCCCUGUGCAGGCCACGCAGCAGGCCCUAGCACCCAAGAAGGAGCUGGAGCCCCCGCCUCGCCGGAGACUGAGCCGGGAGCAGCGGGGGCCCUGGGUCUUGGAGGAGGAGAGCUCAGUGGGCAGGGAGCCAGCAGGCAGGAAGAAAGGGGUUCCAGAGAAGACCCCAGUGAUGGAGAAAUCCUUCAUGCCAGAGAAGGCAGCACCUGCAAAGAGACUGGUCUCAGAGAAAGCCUCUGUCUCGGAGGAGGUGCUGGCCCCUGAGAAAGCAUCCCUGUCCAAGAAGAUGACUGUGUCACCAGAGAAGCUGGUUCCUGAAAAAUCAAGUAUCUCAGAGAACACUCCGGCCAUUGAGAAAACGUCCGUGUCAGAGAAGAUAGCAGUGACAGAGAAAAGGCCCAUCUCAGAGAAGAAGUUGGCUGUAGAAAACACAAGUGUCUCUGAGAAGGUGUCAGCCCCAGGGAAGACAGCGGGCUCAGAAAGGAGACUGGUGUUUGAGAAAGCAUCAAUCUUUGAGAAGUCGCUGGUCUCAGAGAAGAGCCCGGCCUCAGACACCAAGUUGGUCCCAAAGAGAGCAGCAGCCUCAGAGCAGCCCCAGGCCCAGGGGCGGCCAGCCUCUGGGGGAAGUCCUGCCAUCACCAAGGAGCAGAGAGGAAGGGCCCUCUCUGGGAAGAACCUGCCUUCCUCUGCAGAGCAGGGAGCAACGACCCCUCUGAAUGUGGCUUCGCGCUUUCCCCCAGUAACACUCCAGGUGAAAAUCCCCAGCAAGGAAGAAGAGGUAGACACAUCUUCGCCCACCCAGCACACCUACAGCAGCUCCCUCAAACGCUCCAGCCCCAGGACCAUCUCCUUUCGGAUGAGCCCCAGGAAAGACAACUCAGAAACAGCCUUAACUCGCAGUGCCAGCGUGAGGCUCCCGGCCAGCACAGUGAAGUUGGGAGAGAAGCUAGAGAGAUACCACACGGCCAUCCAGAGAUCAGAAUCAGUCAAGUCUCCAGGCUCCUCUCGCACAGAGUUCUUUGUGGCUCCUGUGGGCGUAGCCAGCAAGCGCCACCUCUUUGAGAAGGAGCUGGCAGGCCAGAGCCGAGCAGAACCAGCCUGUAGCCGGAAGGAGAACCUGAGGCUCUCAGGAGUUGUGACGUCCAGGCUCAACUUGUGGAUCAGCAGGACCCAGGAGUCUGGAGAUCAGGACCCUCAGGAGGCACGGAGAGAGUCGGCAGCCACCAAUAGGACUCAGUGGGCAAGGAAACCAGAUUCCUCUCUGGAUGCUGAGGUGUGACAAGUGCUGCUGAGAGACCUGCAAAUCUGCAUCCCAGGGCCUGCCUUUCUUCCUGCCAGCCCCUGCCUCCGGCAGCACCACUACCCUGCCUGUCAUUGCCCCUGCUCACUUCCUUCCUCUGGACCUGCCUGGCUGGGACCCCUGAGGGCCAGGACUGUCUGAGACUCAGCUCCUUCUGGGGCCUGCCUCUGGACACAGGGGUACCCUGGCAACUUCUUGUCCUGCUGCACAUGCUGGGACCCAGCUUCAAUCCAGGGGACAACACUGGUGGAUGUCAGCACCAUGGGGCCUCAGCAUCCAAUCCCGAGAUGUCUCCCCUUCCUACUCACUUCCAGGAUCAGGGCGGGGCAUCUAAAGAACUCCAGGGCCAUCUUUCUUCAUGUUACUCAUCUGCUCUUAGCAGGUGCCUACCUGAGCCUGCGAUGUCUCCCUUGGUCCCUGCGGCUUGCUCCCAACCCCCGAAGCCCUAACAGGCCAGGUUGUGAAAGAACUGCCUUGCCUUUUCCAUGUGCCUCCUUUCCCUCCUCAUCCUCCCCUCCCUUCCCUGGCCUGCUGCCUUGGCCAGGAGCUAAGUGCCUCUUUUGUGCAACCACUUACCCUUCCUUUGAAAAACCCAUUCUUAGGAAGGAUCUGAUAAACUCAUUCACUCUCAGGUAUAUAAGUGACUGAUGAUAAACUCUACAAAUGA